GCGAGGGCUGGAUUUGUCAUCGUUUCAUAACUGAUCGGCUGUACCUAUAUAAACAGGGUUCGGGCCGGAGCUUUGACUUAAAAAAAAAAAAAAACAAGGGGAGAGGGCAGCGAUGGCGACUUUCCUUGCAUUUUGAAACAGCUAACUGUUUUGGGGGAUGCAAAAAAACAGUUUUUAUUAUCUAAAUAAAUCUAAUCAAUCAUACUAUCACCAGCCUUAUUAAAACGUUAACUUGUAUUUGUUGAUGCAUUCAGUUAAAUAAUGCGUUGUUGUGUGUGUGUUUUUAAAAGGAUACAUAAGGUCUUUUUAUAUACUUAGCAUUUUUUAAAAGUUUUUUUUUUUUUUUUUAAUAAAUCAGAAUUGUAUUUAUUUCUUUUAAAAAAAAACAUGGAAUUCAAUGCUGGCGUGUUGAUCGUGGGAGCAUCGUUCGGGUUUUUCAAUCUAGUUAACAGGGUGUUUGGCAGGUUACCCGUACCGGAGUCAGCGCUCAGAAACACGUGGAAAUGGAGAAACAUUUCGACUUCUUUGGUCCACAGUUUAAUUACAGGAAUAUGGGCUGUGCUAUGUUUCUAUGUGCACCCUCAGAUGGCUGAAGACUUGAUUUACACACAGUCCUGCUUCUCGCACACGCUGGUCUCUGUGUCUAUAGGCUACUUCAUUCAUGAUUUUGUUGACAUGAUCCGUAGCCAGAAGCUGCACCAAUCCUGGGAGCUGCUCUUCCACCACACUGUGGUGAUCAUUUGCUUUGGGAUGUCCGUGCUUCUCAGUCGGUACAUAGGCUUCGCUGUGGUGGCCCUGCUGGUGGAGAUCAACUCCAUCUUCCUUCACCUGCGGCAGAUCCUGCUGAUGGCCAGCCUGCCUGCCAGCACCUUGUACCGGCUCAACAGCAUGCUGAACCUGGGCACCUACGUGGUGUUCCGCAUCAACACGCUGGCCUGGAUGACCCGCUGGCUGGUGCUGAACCGCGACAACGUGCCCCUGUUCAGCUACACCGUGGGCAGCCUGGGCAUGGCCGUAAUGACCGCCAUGAACAUCGUGCUCUUCUACCGCCUGCUGCGCAGCGACUUCCUCAAAUCCAGCCGGGAGGGCAAGAAGGACCGGGAGCACAAGGAGAAGUAGAGUAGGCUGAGCAGCCUGAGCGCUGGGGCCUCUCUCAAGCAGCUGGGGCGGGGGGGGUGACUUGACCCAAAGCUGUCCAUUCUCACCAACGUCAGGGAAGCAGGGUGUUGCUGAGCACAGCUUCAACCAUAAUUUCCAUUAUUUUUUUCCUUUUUCAUUUGUAAUUCUUCCAAGGUGGUUCUGGGUUUUGUUGCUCCUUGUUUUCUCUGAGUCUGUGAGCGUGUUUGGAGAAUCCUAAUGGCCCGGGAUUGAAAAUGGACACUGAUCUUUUGCUGUCAGCCCCACCUGCCGUAUAUGGAGAGUAGAUGAGGCUUGCAGGGUUUGUAAGUCACAUGAUUUGGAGGGAAUGAGUAAAGCUGAUCAGUCCUGGCAUUUAGGAUUCUCCAGACAAGCUCAAAGCGAGCUCGAAGCCGGGGAAAGGCAGACUUCAAGAAACUGCGACAACAUGAUUUUGGAGCCGAGGACCACUGAGAAUAAUUGCAAACACCGAGACAUGGCAAGAGCGAAGCUUUUGAAAUGACAUUUAAACCAAAUUCCUCUUUAAAAUCUCCACAAUGAGGGAUUAGCUCGACAUGCAACACCCAUGCCACUGUUAAACUUUGCCUCUCAUUUCAGUCAAGAAAGUUAAGUCAGGCCCAGCUCUUUUCUGUCUGAGACGCGCACACAGGAGGCUGAAUGCUGAGUGCAUGUAAUGCUAAGAAAUACUAUUCCAGUGCAAGAUUAAACAUGACUGUGGGACACGUUCUUCAGUAUACACAGUUAUAGACUAUUCUGAAGAAUACCCUCCCUUUAAAAAGGUUGUAGCUCACUUGCUUGGCUGGUUUCACAGCUUCUAACUAGCACUAAUCUUGGACUACCUUACCUAAAGUAACAUUAGGUAGUCUGCGUACCUUGGUGCUAAUGGAGGUCUGUGAGUCCUGCCAGAGACUUCAUAUUUCGUUCUAUAGCAGCCAGGCAGGCAUCCUUUCUCUGAAUCACUUUCCACUGCAGCGUUUCAAAACGGCCGACUGACUUCCUAACCUCUGUGUGACAGCACUGACAUCUGCUGACCGCACACAUGCAUUGCUGCACUUCUUCAUUGGACGAGAAUACAUAAUUACUUUGAACUGGCGUGAUCCAGACCGGCAUACUGACGACCUGGGAAACGGAUCAGCUGAUCGUAAAGAUGAGAACGUUUCCAUGAGAAAGUAACAAACCCUGAAAAUGCUUCUGUCCGAUGACAUUUCCUUGGCCUGUUUUGCUUGUGUGAUUGUGGCUUGUAGGCUUUCACAAAGAAACCUGGCUGCCAGAAGCUUGCCAUGGACCCGUUUUGCUGUGAGUUUUAAGCCACAGCUGGUCACUGAUAAGUAUAUACAUACUGUAGCAAGUAAAAACCUCAACAUAUUUUUGCAACCUGUUCUGAUGGGUGUGUUAUAACACUAAAUCCAUCAAGGGGAUCUGAUGGGAGAAAGAAACUGAGACCAAAGCUUUUCCCAUCAGAUCCAGGAGGUGAAAGUUCAAUGCUAAACACAUGCUGGUAUUGGUUAUGUUUACAAUAUAAUGUACUGUACUGUAUUUUUGGCAGCUGUCAGGCAGGGACUGACGUACUUUGCUCCAUUUAAGUUUUAGGCAGAGCUACUCGUUGCUGGUGACGUGUAGGCUGUGAUGAAGCUGUUUUGUAAACCGGAAACGUGACCGCUAGCUAGCUCAGAGUGUAUCCUGAUUAAAUCAGAUUCCAGGAUUUUGAUGGCCAUCUACAUGAAAACAUAUGUGUGUGACAUCACUCCCGCUCAGACUACCCCAGGAGGAUUUCCGUCUCCAGAUUCUGAUAUGCAGGUGUGCGCUUCCAUAGAGGUAUGAUUGUGUGCAUUGAGCAUGCAUGACAUCACAGUGACCUCAACGCCAAGAACCGGGCAUUCUAUUCAAGAACACAAGGGGAAUAACAACAACAACAGAAAAAAAGGGUUGUUUUAAUAUUAACCAAAGAGCUUUGCAAUAAUGUGCUUUCUAAUUUUUUUUUUUUUUAAAUGAAGAAUGUAAUUUGUUUUUGUAAUGUUCAAUUGUAAUGUUCUCAUAUAAUAAAGAGAUGUGUGUGUCUA